GUGGGGUCUUUUAUUUUGAAACACGUUAGCGGAAAGCUAGUUUUUCAGGCUAGCUUUGUCUCUAGUGGCUUCAAGCCAUAGAGAGUGGACAGGAGGAUUCUGCUGCUGCUGCUGUGCCUGCCGCCUCAACAUGGAGUAACGACACUCUCAGCCACAAUUGCCCCCUAAAGAGCAAUACGAGACGGCGUGUCGUUGUUCCAUCUACCGGCUAGACCACAAAUGAGCCAGCAGCCGCUAACGUUUCUCCGCUAGCGCAAAAGGAAAAAGCUCGAAAGAUGGCGAACGACUCUCCAGCUAAAAGUCUAGUAGACAUAGACUUGGCUUCAUUGCGGGAUCCAGCCGGAAUAUUUGAGUUGGUGGAGGUGGUUGGAAAUGGUACCUAUGGACAAGUAUACAAGGGUCGACAUGUCAAGACUGGACAGCUGGCUGCCAUCAAAGUCAUGGACGUCACAGAGGACGAGGAGGAGGAAAUUAAACUGGAGAUCAAUAUGCUGAAGAAAUAUUCCCACCACAGAAACAUUGCCACCUACUAUGGUGCUUUCAUUAAGAAGAGCCCCCCAGGGCACGAUGACCAGCUGUGGCUGGUGAUGGAGUUCUGUGGCGCAGGUUCAAUCACAGACCUGGUGAAGAACACCAAGGGGAACCAGCUGAAGGAAGACUGGAUCGCCUACAUCUCCAGAGAAAUCCUCAGAGGUCUGGCCCACUUACAUGCCCACCAUGUCAUCCACCGUGACAUCAAGGGCCAAAAUGUCUUGUUGACAGAGAAUGCAGAAGUCAAAUUAGUGGAUUUUGGUGUCAGUGCUCAGUUAGAUCGAACAGUGGGCAGAAGAAACACAUUUAUUGGGACUCCUUAUUGGAUGGCCCCUGAAGUUAUCGCUUGUGACGAGAACCCAGACGCUACGUAUGAUUACAGGAGUGACCUGUGGUCGUGUGGUAUCACAGCUAUUGAAAUGGCUGAAGGAGCACCACCUCUCUGUGACAUGCAUCCAAUGCGUGCCCUCUUCCUCAUUCCAAGAAAUCCUCCUCCUAGACUCAAAUCUAAGAAAUGGUCCAAAAAGUUUUUUAGUUUCAUCGAGAGCUGCUUGGUGAAGAACUAUACACAGCGUCCCCCUACAGAGCAGCUCCUGAAGCAUCCCUUCAUCCGUGACCAGCCUAAUGAGAGGCAGGUCCGGAUCCAGCUCAAGGACCACAUUGACCGGACCAAAAAGAAGAGGGGAGAGAAAGAUGAGACAGAGUAUGAGUACAGUGGCAGUGAGGAGGAGGAAGAAGAUCCUCCAGAGCAGGAAGGAGAACCUAGCUCCAUAGUCAAUGUUCCUGGUGAGUCAACUCUACGACGCGACUUCAUUCGCCUUCAACAAGAAAACAAGGAGCGGUCAGAGGCAUUGCGUCGCCAGCAGCUCCUCCAGGAGCAGCAGCUUCGGGAGCAGGAGGAGUACAAGCGCCAGCUCCUGGCUGAGAGGCAAAAACGUAUUGAGCAGCAGAAGGAACAGAGGAGGCGGCUAGAAGAGCAACAAAGACGUGAGCGUGAGAUGAGGAGGCAACAGGAACGAGAGCAACGUCGACGUGAGCAAGAGGAGAAGAGAAGAAUUGAAGAAAUGGACCGAAGACGGAAAGAAGAAGAAGAACGACGGCGGGCUGAGGACGAGAAGAGGAGGAACGAUCGUGAACAGGAGUACAUCAGGCGUCAGCUGGAAGAGGAGCAGAGACACCUGGAGAUGCUGCAGGAGCAACUGCUCCGUGAACAGGCCAUGCUGUUGGAGUUCAAGUGGCGGGAGCUGGAGGAGCAGCGCAAGGCCGAGCGACUCCAUAAGCGCCUGCAGCAGGAGCAGGCGUACCUGCUGUCGCUCCAGCACGACUCCAAACAGCAGCCUGGUGACAAGACCAAAGUCCCCUCAGACCAAAGCAAACCUCCACAGACCUCCACCCUGCCCCCUGACAGAGCCCUUAUGACAUGCCCACAAGCUCAGGUCAUUGACAGUGUUGUUUCUGUAGCUAAAGACACUGAUGAAUCCCCCAGAGCACUUCAGACAGCCCCCUCGGACGACGCUGACUCCCAGACAGCAGUGACAGAAAAGACUGAAACUGUUGAGACAUGUCCAGACCAAGUCCAACACUCCCCAGGUCCCCUUCCCUCACAGACUGAAAAUCCAAAUGACUCUCAUCCUCCCCAGGCUGAAAGUUUGCAGCCUGAUAGGCCUGCCAAUCCUGUCAGUCAUCCUGCUCAGCCAAUCAGAGAGGCUGAUGAGCGGUACCGUAAGAACAUUCAGGGAUCUCCUCAGGCUGCCCCUCCUCCCAAGCAGCCCCCUCUGCCUCCCCGCUCCUCUGAACCGUUCUCCAAUGGUAGCUCCUCCUCUGAGGCCCCAGCCAUGCAGCGACCAAUGGAGCCUCAGGUCCAGUGGUCCCACCUUGCUGCUCUAAAAAGCAGCAACAGCGCUGCUCCCUCUCCUCCUCCUCCUCCUCCUGUUGUGUCUCGCUCCCAGUCCUUCAGUGAAUCUGGCAGUGUGACCUCUAGCAUUGCUCAACUCCAGCUGCGCUCCCAGGACCCCCACCAUCACCACCACCACCCAUCACCUGCACGCACUGACCCCCAGCCCCAACCACCCCACCACCACCACCCUCAGGCCCAGACCAGGGUUGAGCACCAGUCUAGCAUUGAGGAGGUGCCACCCAAGGUACCAGUGAGGACUACAUCCAGGUCUCCAGUGCUGUCCCGCAGAGAGUCUCCUUUGCCAUCACAGACUGGAAACCAGGGGGUGCAGAGGAUUGCUGGAAGUAAUGUGGAGCAGCGCCCUCUGUGGGACCGCGUGGAGAAGCUGCAGCCUCGACCCGGCAGUGGCAGUUCCUCUGGCUCCUCCAACUCCAGCGCUCAGGCCAGUCCUGCGGACCGCUUCAGGCCCCGUUGUGAGUCCCCUGCUUCCUCCAAAUCUGAAGGAUCUCCUCUCCAAAGACCAGAAAAUGUUUCCAAAAAACAAGAUGAAAAGAACCUGGUCAGGCCGACUCGACCUGCGGGUGAUGUGGACCUGACUGCUCUCGCCAAGGAGCUCCGUGCUGUAGAUGAUGUGCGGCCUCCUCACAAAGUCACCGACUACUCCUCCUCCAGCGAGGAGUCGGGCACCACUGACGAGGAAGAUGAUGAGGAGGUGGAUCAGGAGGCGGGAGAGGAGUCAACCUCAGGAGCAGAGGAUUCUAGAGCUGGAUUUCCUCAUGGCUUCCGCAGGAGGCUGAGUAAUGGGGAGACGGAGUCGGCCAAGACAAUGCUGGUGGAGGAUUCUGAGAAUGAACAAGUGACUACACCCUCCAAGGACGGCACUCUGGUCAUCAGACAGAGCACUGCUGAAAUUAAGCGGUUGGUCAGUCUCUCGGCCUCUGCUUCAGCCGGCUCUGGCUCUGGCUCUGGCUCUGCCUCUGCCCACAGCCUUGGGCUGCCACUGCCCCCCAGUCACGGGCUGCUAGAGAAAAAUGGCUACCCAGGUCGCAUACACCACCUUCCAGACCUUAUCCAGCAGAGCCAUCACCCUCCUUCCUCCACCUCCUCCUCCAUGCCUCCCUCCUCCUCCUCCUCAUCCUCCUUCCCCUCAUCAUCUAGCCAUGCCAGUCCUGCCAUGUCCCCACAGACCCCCUUGGACAAGCUCACUGCCAUAGAGUCCCAGUCAGAGAACAACUCCAUGUCCAAACACAAGUCUUCCUCCUCCUUCACCCCCUUCAUUGACCCACGUCUUCUUCAGAUCUCUCCUUCCAGCGGCAGCUCUCUCAACAACAUGGCCGGAUUUGGGCAAGAUGGACGCCUGAUGGACCCACUGAGAGCCGAUCCGUCUCGAAAGGGCUCAGUUGUCAACGUCAAUCCGGUAAACACUCGUCCACCCAGUGACACACCAGAGAUUAGAAAGUACAAGAAGAGGUUUAACUCUGAAAUCCUCUGUGCCGCUCUCUGGGGGGUGAACCUGCUAGUGGGGACAGAGAGUGGUCUGAUGCUGCUGGACCGAAGUGGUCAGGGAAAAGUCUACCCAUUGAUCAGCAGACGGCGAAUCCAACAGAUGGAUGUUCUGGAGGGACUCAACGUCCUGGUCACCAUAUCAGGUAAAAAGAACAAGCUGCGUGUUUACUACCUGUCAUGGCUCAGGAACAAGAUUUUGCACAACGACCCUGAGGUAGAGAAGAAGCAAGGUUGGGUCAACGUGGGCGACCUGGAGGGCUGCGUCCACUAUAAAGUCGUGAAGUAUGAGAGAAUUAAGUUCUUGGUGCUGGCCUUGAAGAAUUCUGUGGAGGUUUAUGCCUGGGCUCCAAAGCCGUACCAUAAGUUCAUGGCCUUUAAAUCUUUUGGUGAUCUGGUGCACAAGCCUCUGUUGGUUGAUCUAACGGUAGAAGAGGGUCAGAGGUUGAAGGUCAUCUAUGGGUCCAGCUCUGGCUUCCAUGCCGUGGAUGUGGACUCUGGGGCUGUGUAUGACAUCUACCUGCCCACACAUAUCCAAACCAGCAUCCAGUGCCAUGCCAUUAUCAUCUUACCAAACACUGAUGGAAUUGAGCUGCUUGUGUGUUACGAAGAUGAGGGUGUUUAUGUCAACACUUAUGGACGCAUCACCAAGGACGUGGUGCUGCAGUGGGGAGAGAUGCCGACUUCAGUGGCCUACAUUAGGUCAAACCAGAUCAUGGGCUGGGGUGAGAAGGCUAUAGAGAUCCGCUCUGUGGAGACAGGACAUCUGGACGGUGUCUUCAUGCACAAGAGGGCACAGAGACUCAAGUUCCUGUGUGAAAGGAAUGACAAGGUCUUCUUUGCCUCAGUGCGGCCUGGAGGUGCCAGUCAGGUGUACUUCAUGACCCUGGGUCGCACAUCACUCAUGAGCUGGUAGAUGAACGUCAAACAAAACCCGCCAACAUUAUCAACCACACCUUAGAAGUGACCAACAGAUGCUGGUUGUGACAACAACGAACACCGAUGAAGAUGAGAACAGCCUGGAGUCGGAGCUGCAUAAGCCUCUGUGUGGAGGGAACCACAACAAACGAACCAAUAGAUUGUGCUGUAUUUACGAAAAUAAUCCAAGGAUGGCUGUGUGUUGUUGCGUGUGUCCACUCAGUCCACUCAUUUUACUCUUAAAAUAUCUUCUGCCAACACAAAAAAAUCCCUUCAAUCCUGCAGCUUCGUUGCCAACCCUCUUAAGCAGAACCCACUUGUCCUCUUGUUCUGUUGGACAUGGGAUCUAAUGCCUGUUGACGGUAAAUCUUUGUGUCAUAGUAAACAUUAAAGUCACAUACAUGUGCAAAAGAGAGAAUGGUUAAGCAUGUGAGUGACGGACAAAAAGCAUUCAUCCUGAUGGGACGUCAAGGUGAAACAUGACGAUGAUGUGCCACACUUAGAGAUGUAGCAGUGUUUAGUCCAGAGCUGAUGUGGGUCAGGUUAAAGGUCCACUGUGUACAGUUUAGUCUCCACACAGGCAUAACAUCCCUCUGAGAUGUAUCUAGAAUUGUGGUGGUGACAAUUCUCAUCAGCUGAUGAUGGCUUACUUGGUUUAUUGGUUUCUCAUCCGGUUUUCUCGAUGUUUUCUUGACAGAGACGUUCUUUUCCGUUUAUGACCUGAUCCUCUCCUUCCAAACGCGGACACAAGACAGUUGGUCCAAUAGGCUGCUGGAGAAAAGUGUCAUUUUAUGUUGGUCUCUCUGUACACCAAGACCUUUGUCUGAAGUACAUGCAACAGACUUAUUGUAAGGACAUUUAUGUGUAUCUAAAUGCUACACACUGGACCUUUAACUUUUGUCCCUCCUUGAUAGUUCCAUUUCAAGCACGUGAUAAAACACUAGUCCACAGUCACAAACCUUCCUUAAACCUUAAUUGAGGCUUGACUGGUAGAACUGCUUGUGUCUUCACUUUGUCGGCCUUUCUCCCCUAAAAAUGGGGGUUGUUUUUUUUAAGGACCUUCUUCUGUUGAUCUUUCCAUGAAAUACAGGGUACUAGAGAUCAGCUUGUACAUAACCAACUACACCAACCUUCUCCUGGCUUCAACCCAACACUUUCCCAAACACAUCGCCUCGAGUACUGUAGGUCAUGUCUGACACAAGUAGCCCUGUUUAUGACAGCAUGUUUGGUGUUAUUAACAAAUAUAGCCCUGUUGUUUUUUUUUAACUACACUGUAUAUUUGCUAUGUGACUUGCUGCAAACGAUUACGCAGAAGCAGACAGGACACUCCUGUAAAAGAGUUUUAAAGGAAGAAUCAACCUUAUUUAUCAUCAGACUCUCGUGUGUUAGGAUAUAUCAGGAGAAUUUCCACCAGUGGAUUGUUGCAAUUUCAGCCAGUUACAGUGUUGUGGUACAGUCUGCUUUAACAACAGUCUACUACAACUAAUCAGACUCAGAAAUGUGAUGUUCUUCACUGUUACCUGUUAUUUAUCCUCAGGUGGAUUUUGCCUUUAACAUCACAAUGUCAGAAGUAGGGCUAGAAAAACUGUGAAUUAGCAAAAUUAGCAGAUGGCCAUUUACGUAGCAUGGAGGCCGAUGGGCAGAAAUGACAGUAAGGGAAUGAUGUGCAUCCGUGUCACUGAGGUGUAUUUGUGUAGAAACGUUGAACAUGACACUCCACACACAGAAGGCGACAUUGAUUGUCCAUAGCUGAGGAUUCCGGCCUCAACUGCUCAGAUCCCCAAUCAUCAGGGAGCAGUUAAUAGUUGCCUUGGAAGUGUCUCAGUUGAACUAAUAUUAACAACACCCUGAGCCCUCAGUAAUUAGUUAAAGGAUUUGCUUUUUGUGUGGUUAGAAAACAUUUGGCUGUCACUUGGGUUUUUUUUCAUUAUUCUGUUACCUUUGGAUUUUUUCUUUCAUUUAUUUUACGAGUUCAUUCAGGCAUAAUUUGGAAAAAACCCAAAUUUCGUCAUGUGACUUCACAUUAGACACAUUUUCUUCAACAAUGAAAAUGUUUUUCAGUCACUUACCUCAGACUAGACUGAAAAGAUUCCUUUAACUGGAGAAAUAAAUCCUUAAUUUGUGGAAUUUCACUCAUUGGUUUUUACUGUCCUUCCUCUGUCAUCCACGGAUUCUCUGGUUUUUUUGUCUAUAUGUUGAACAUCCUCCUUAUGUUUGACUGGUAAAAUGCCACAUCCGUUCUGUAGUACAGCAAUUAUCUAAUAAGAGAGGAAAAAUGUUGAAUGAAAACCACACCGCCCUCUUCAGGUAAAUUCUUCUCACUGGUCCAGAUAGUGUGGUGUCUUCACUUUUUCGUGGAGGAACCGACAGAUGUCUUCAUAUGGGAAACAAGACGUUGAAAGAGAAGGAAGGGAAAUUAAAUAUCCUACGUUCAGUGUUGCAGUGUUACAACGACAAAAACUAAGCAGCAUAUUUUUUAAAAACUCGGAAUUAGUUUUUAGUCUUGUUUCUACAUUUUUGUUGUGUAACCCAUCAGACAAGUAUGCGACUGCAGUGUUUUUUAUUGUAAUAAAAUUAUGUUGACAAUGUUUACAAGAGCAACUCGUUUUGUUAAACCAAUGUGCAUCAAUAUAAAUAUUUAUGGUUCAUUUUGGGGGUGUUUUCCCCCCUCUCUUGUAUUUUCUAUUAUUCCUUUUGUAAUAUCAUUUAGACGUUUGUGUACUGGAGUAAUGAACGUAAACUGACAUCACGUUAUACACAAGUUUAGAGUGUGUGGUUUUGUUUUGUUUUGUUUUUUUAACAGAUUUACUCACAUUCUGGUUAGUGCAGUGUGCCCUCCGGCUGUGUUUGGUGUGGAUCAAAUGUUUUCUACCUGCCAUGUGACAUUUCCCCCCUCAAACAUCGUCUCUCUGCCAUGCCUCUAAUUUAUGUCCUCUCUGUGUGUGCUAUGGGAAUUACUGUAUUUUCCUGAAGGUCUUUUUUUCAUUGAAUAAAAAGAAAUGUAAUUUA